UCUCACUCUCUCUUUUAUCAAAAAAUGGAGGCUGAGAAUUUGAUGAAUCUCUCUCUUCUCCAACGUAGAAACGUUUCACAAAACCUAGACUUAGAGCUCGUCUCUACUGUCAACAAAUCCUCAGAUGAUCCUCUCCCAUAUUACACCUCCCUCAAAGAUCUUCUCCCAUCCUUCUCUACCACCGUCGAUUCCCCUGCCGUCACCUCUGCUGCAUCAGGUCCCACCAUCAGGAUCCGCAACCGCCUUGUAAAGCAAGCUGCUUGUGCUUACCUUCAGCCUUCUACUCCAACUCCCUCCUCUAACCCUUCUUUCCUCCGUCGUGUCUCCUCCUCUUUCCUCCGACUCUUCUCCGCCUUAUUUGAUUCACUCCUCCGCAUGUUCCCAUCUCCUCGGAAAAUCUUCAGAGCUUAGUGAUUAACAUACAACCGAGAAAAUCAUGAAACAAUUACUGCAUAAUCUCUGUUUUCUUUUUCAUGUAUGAUUCAAUAUAUUUUUUCUUUUAUUUUAAAACAAAUCGUGAAGAUUUUUGAGGUUCACGUUUACAUAAGACGCCUCAGCUUGAGCCAUGGAAGUGGCGCGAGACACUAUACGUUCGGUUAUUCUAAGGGGAUAUGUUGCCAAGACUUGUCAAACGGACAAAAGAAAGGAGCCACCGCCCACCGAUGUAUAUUAUUAUUAGUUACGUGUUUUAUUGUUUGUUAUUCAAAGUUAAAAAACAUGUUGCGUAAUUUUACUAUUUAUAUUAGAUAUGAAUGGAUAUUUAGGAAAUCCAGAGAAUGGAGGUGCCAGCUAUAGCUAUAUUAAAUAAUUAAAUACUUUUUCAUGCUAAA